AUGGUGAAGGGCUACCGCAGGACUUUUGUUGAAGAAAUCACACACAAUAUCGAGCUUCCGGGAAACUCUUCGGGCAACGUCGAAGUCGAGACUGAAAAGGAGAUUCGGAGGAACAAUGCUCUCUUCACGAUGGCCGCGUUUUCGCUCUUUAAACACGACCAUGGUUUGGCGCUUCGUAUUAACGUCAGGUCCGCGGACGAUGUUGAAGACUGGCCCCCAAGGAUGCUGGGCAGUCUGCUAAAUUUCAAACUGAAAAAGCUGUCGCUAGUUCCUAUGGUGAAUGAGCUUUUGUGGAUAUUCUAUUCUGAAUCAACUCGAAGCGCUUCAGCAAAUGCUAUUAGCAUCCUGCUCAGGGGCAUGAACCACCUAACAAGACUGGUAUAUCACCCACAUUGCUCGCAACUCGGAGAAGGCCAGUCUUUACGAGACGACGCCUUUUUGGCCUUAUUCCAAAAACACAGGGGUUGGGUGAAAUGCAUGGUGGUCAGAGAAUCCGCAUAUCUCUUGGAGGACAAUCCGUUCACGGAGAAGAGGGAGGAUCUUGCACUUGCCUGUUUCCACGCGAGUCUCCAUCUCGAGUCCUUGAUUACAUCGCGGGUAGUUGAUGCGUUCGACUUUUUCCGUUGCACGGGGGAUUUGGGAAUACCCAUCGAGUCUCGGAGACAAGCCUGGCCUGAGCUGAAUCAACUUGUCUUAUCUUGCAAUUUGUCAAGUUCAUCAUUUGACGAGGAGAUGAUGAACACCGUUCUUCUCGCAGCUGGAAAGGCCGCAAUGCGAGUGCCUAAAUUGGAGAAGAUGAUCAUAUGGUCAUGGGACGCAGAAAACUAUGUCGCAUUUUUUUCUGGGUAUGUGCUUCGCUGCAUUAAGCCAUAUUCUUUCAUUGAUAUCCGGACAACAUGGAGGUCUGCACUCAACCAAGAAGUUGUGAGAUGCUGGGAGAAUGCAGUGACGGAAAAGACGAGCUAUGAGCUCAUCGUCGAACCACAGCGCCUUGACUGGCGGGAUGAGCACGUUGUCAAUGAGUUGCUCGAAGAUUUAGAGACAUCUAAUUCAAUCCUGUUUCCUGAAACGAGUAAAUAG